AUUUUAUUACUGGUGAAAAUGAGGUUGACAGUUAUGGUUAAAUUUGGGUCCUGUUAGGCCCUCAGGUUAGACCUAAAUCCAGAAUCCGGCCCCUGCUGUGAUUGAGUUUGACACCCCUGCUCUAAGGUCAUAAGGUCACCAUAAGGUCAGGAAGCAGGCUAAAUGUUCGUCAGUUUAUAACCAGAUGCCUCAGGAUCAAACAUCGUACCUGGUGAAGGUGUGUUUUAACCCACGUGUCACUCGUCUUUAGUCCUGAAAGAUUAAAAGCAGCAGACUGGGGCUGUCUUUCUACAGGCACAAACAGAUAAUGUCCAUCCAUAGACACAGUCUAUUUCUGCAGAGUAUGUCAAAAUAAAAGCCUCCAAUGCUCUGCGUCAUCAAAGACUUUUAUUUUGAAGAGCACCUUCAGGAAAUGGAGGGUUUUCAGCAGCAACAAAGACGUCUCAUAAAUGGGAGUGAGGCUGAACUUCACAUUUAAGGAGUACCUGAGCAGGUAAAGGAUGGGAAAAUAAAAGUGAGACUUUUAGCUCUAAACCAGGGGUGUCAAACUCAAGGCCCGGGGGCCAAAUCCAGCCCGUGGUGCAGUUAUACCCGGCCCACCAGAUCAUAUCAUAUUUGUAUUCUAACUGUCCCACCAGUAUGAGGUCUGCAGAUUUCCUCCAGUAUAAAAAUGUGAACUUAACCUUGAUGAUUUAUAGUAACCCCAAUGAGUCAUACAAAUUAUAAAUAGUGAAGAGUAGAAAUAAUUUGAUUCAAAGUCAGGAACAUGGAAAAGAAAUGUGUUUUCAUUUCAUAUUUUCAAUGUUGUAUCUCACAGUUAUUAUUCAAAGUUAUGGUUUUAACUUUUUGUCUUAUAUUUUGACCUUUUAAAAUCACAGUUUGAAAUUUUGAGUAAAAGUUUGAUCUUUAAAAUUCAUCAUUUUUUAUUUUAGCUCACAUUUUGACCAUUAAAACUCAUGGUUUUGAAUUUUGUCUCAUAUUUUGACCUUUUUAUCUGAUAAUUUUGACUUUUUCUCUUGAGUUUUGACCUGAUGAAAAUGUCACGUUGCUAUGGUUUAAGAGAAGGAAACUUUUCCUGAUGUUGGUGUCCUGAACUGAACUGGUUUCAAACAGAUCAAUGAGAGGCAGCCACACGAGCAGCAUGAGUAAACAGAGGGUGAACCUUUAAACCACACAGACAUCAGAGAGUCCGGCAGAACGACUUCAGGACCACCUGAUGGAUCUGAGUCUGCUCUUCACGCUGUCGCUCUGCUGGUGGACGGCUGCAGCGAGGUCAUACUGGAGCGAUAAACCGAAGAUCAUCCUCGCCAACUCUGAGAUCAAAGAUGGAGAGACGGUGGAGAUCACCUGCACGCUCCCCAUCGAUUACAGUGGAGGAGAAUGUCGCCUGUACAGAGAAGGUUCCCACUUCCCGUUUCGAGUUGUACAUGAGGCGGGCUACCUGUGCGUCUUCUACGUGUCUUCCACCGAGCUGCUAGGGAGACGGCCGGUCGGCAGCCUGGUCCUCUUCACGUGUGACUACCACCUGCAGGAGUACACCUCUAUGCACAGCGACAUUGGCGGGAUCACUGUAACUGGUACCAGUCCCAGUCCUCGUCUGUCCAUCAGCCACCGCUUGCUCACACCUGAUGACAAAUUGGAGGUCACCUGUUUUCCGCCGCUCCCCUCCGUUUCCAGCUGUAGCUUCUACAAAGACGACUACCCAGUCGCUCAGGGAUCCUGCAGCAGAAACCUUACUGGGAAGCAGCUUUCUCUAUUCUGGGAGAAACCUGCCGCACUGGUUCCUGUCAACCUGACCUGCAGAUACUUUCCACACCAAGGUCUGGAGGUCAGAUCAGAGAGCAGCAACCACAAUCAGCUGUUUGUGCUCGAUGUGAGUCGAGUCUCCACGUCCAUGAACUGCAGCGUGACGGUGGAGGACGAUCAGCUGGAAGCAUUCAGAGAUAGAAGCUGGACUUCUGUGGGAGCAGACGGACAGACGGUCACUGUUCAUGUGACAAACAGAAACCUGACCACCACGGAGAGCUGCAACAACAUCCUGCCUUAACUGUCUGCUAAUCAAUCCACUCACAUCUGAUUGUUUUACUGGCAGCAUCAGUCACACUGAAUCUGACCUUUUGGAAUCAGACUAAGGCCACUUUGGCUACGUUCACACUGCAGGCCUUAAAGGUCACAUAUUGUGCAAAAAUCACUUUUUCAGGCUUUUCUGACAAAAAUAUGUGUACAAACCCCCCAAGAAUCAGGAAAAUCAAUUCCCUCCCCCCUCUCUCUCUCCACCUUUCAGAAAAUGUGUGCUGAAACAAGCUCAGAUUUUCCCCUCAUGAUGUCAUGUUGGGAGUUAGCCCCGCCCCCAGGUUUGGUUGGCUCUCCCGCUUGGGGGAAAGUUUUGCCCUCCUCUUGGUUGCCAGUUUCAUUUUAUAAACUUUGCAUUUUUUAAACUGAAAUAUGACCUGCUGGUUUAUCGCAUUGUACCCUAUCACACAAAUACACUAAAUACAGUUUUAUCAUCACUUUAAUAUUAGGGAAUUAUCACUUUUAUCAUUAUUAUAUUUUAUUCUCAUUAGGCUAUUAUUAUUGUGCAGUAUUAAAUAGUUUAGCCUCUGCAAUAAAGGCUCUUAAUAAAUAGUUAAGCUUGCUUUGAAUGACAGAAAUUUACAGCCAAUCACAGCACCCACAGUCAGGUUUUUAUUAUUCUAUCUUAAUUUCUCUUCUUUGAAUCUUUAAUCUAAUAAUCCAUCCACUAUCUAUCCAUCAUUAGUCACAAUCACUCAGCCCAUAGACAAAUAUCUGAUGCAUUUAAUCAGUACAGACUGAUCACCAAUAGGUGAGCUACUUUGAACAAGUUCCUGCUUCCAUCCAAAAGUUAAUGUGCAGCUGAAGAGCAACUCAUUCACUGGACAGUAGGUAGGCCUUCCUAUCAACCAAUCACAAUGACUUUUGCUACCCACACACCAAAGCAGAGACAUACAACAGUCAAACUGAAUGGGCAUGAUUCUUGUUUUGGCCCCUCCCCUGGGUGAGCCCCACACUGUAAAAUGCAACAUCAAUUUCACUCAAAAACAUUGAGUUGAAUUAACUCAGUGUUUUGUAACCUGUUAAAUAUACUGUUAUUAUAAACACAUUGCCUGUAAUUCUUGGCCAUAACAGCUAAAGGGAUCAAUUUACUUCAUUUUACUUGGUUUAAACAAAUGAAGUUUUGUUAACAUAAAAAUCCAAAACAGCGAUUUCAACUCUAUUUUCAUGAGCGGAUAGAACUCAUUUUAGUUUGAAGUGAACAGUACUCAAACAAUUUACUAGUAAGUAUUUUUGUUAUAACUGAAGUUAUUUGAGUUAUGACAAAUCUGCAGUUUUCCCAGAAUGCCUUUGGGCACUAAACCUUUAUGCACUCUGUCUGCU